AUGCCUGGUGUGGUUGUAGUCCGUAGCGGAGAAGUACGUCCAAGCAGGAAGUGCUGUGAAGAGCCGAUAGCUAUAACAUCUACUGAAAACAUACACAAUCGUGAAAGCUCAACGAAUGCCGGUAGCAAGUAAAAAAAGCUAUCAAAUAACAUCAGUUUGCCGCACCUUGAUAGUCGAUGUGCGAAUCAUAUCACCGGUCAACUGUUUAUAUCGUUGCUUGCACUGACAGCUGUCAGUGAAAUGGAACAUAUCCGAACGCCAAAGUCCUUGACUGAGUUGACUGAUCGCCAUCCUGUGGAGUUGCCUAGCGCCACGCUGGUUGCUGGGAGACAGAGAGAGACCUUUUCAAAGAGAGAGAAUAGGCUAUUUGUCUAUAUUCAGUCAAGGGUUCUAAAUGAUGUCAUUAAGGUGGAGCAGGUGCGUCUGUUGGAUCGUUUCAGUAACAAGUCGACCAGCGGGACGCUGCACCUGACGGCUACACACCUCAUCUUCGUGGAGAGCAAUGCCGACGCCGCCCAGGAGAUCUGGAUCCUGCACCACCACAUCGGGUCAGUGGAGAAGCUGUCGUUGACCACCAGCGGUUGUCCCCUGGUCAUCCAGUGUCGUAACUUCAGAGUGGUCCACUUUGUGGUCCAGAGAGAGAGAGACUGUCACGACAUCUACAGCUCACUGCUCAGACUGCUACGGCCAGUAUCCUAUGAGGAGCUCUAUGCGUUCUCUUACAACCCCAAGCAGAAUGAGCAGCAGAGAGAGGAGGGCUGGCAGCUCAUUGACCUGGGGGCAGAGUUUGAGAGGAUGGGCGUCCCCUGCGACCAAUGGCAACUCACUGAUGUCAACAGGAACUACAAGAUAUGUGAGACGUAUCCCAGGGACCUGUAUGUGCCCAUCACAGCCAGUAAGCCCAUCAUCGUCGGCAGCUCCAAGUUCAGGAGCAAAGGACGCUUCCCUGUCCUCACAUACUUCUACCAGGAGAAGAAGGCAGCGGUGUGUCGGUGCAGCCAGCCUCUCUCUGGGUUUAGCGCGCGAUGCCUGGAGGAUGAGAGCAUGCUGCAGGCCAUCAGCAAAGCCAAUCACAACAGCCGGUUUGUCUACGUCAUGGAUACCAGGCCCAAGUUGAAUGCCAUGGCCAACAGAGCAGCUGGUAAAGGCUAUGAGAAUGAAGAUAACUACUCCAACAUCCGCUUUCAGUUUGUGGGGAUCGAGAACAUCCACGUGAUGAGGACCAGCCUACAGAAACUACUGGAAGUGGUGGGAACUCGUUCUCUGUCAGUGAAUGACUACCUGCUGGGCUUGGAGAGCUCUGGUUGGCUACGACACGUCAAAGCUGUGGUAGACGCAGCCAUCUUCCUCACCAAGGCAGUAACAGUAGAAGGAGCCAGUGUGUUGGUCCACUGUUCAGACGGCUGGGAUCGGACAGCCCAGGUCUGCUCUCUGGGAGCUCUGCUCAUGGACCCCUACUACCGCACCAUCAAAGGCUUCAUGGUCCUCAUAGAGAAAGACUGGAUCUCAUUUGGACACAAGUUUGCAGACAGAUGUGAUCAGUUGGAUGGUGAACCCAAGGAGGUGUCCCCCGUCUUCACACAGUUCCUGGAGUGUGUGUGGCAGCUCACAGAACAGUUCCCCCAGGCGUUUGAGUUCAGUGAGUGGCUGCUGCUGCAGAUCCAUGAACAUGUUCACUCCUGUCAGUACGGGAACUUCCUGGCCAACAACCAGAGGCGGAGAGAAGAGCUGCAACUCAAAGACAGGACUCACUCUCUGUGGGCGUUUCUGUUGAGUGAGGGGCAGAACUACCUAAACCCCGCCUACUGCCACACCUACGCAGGGACACACCCUGUCCUAGAACCCUCCACCCUGCCCUGCCACCUCAAGUUCUGGAGGAAUAUGUACCACCAGUUUGAUCGUUCCAUGCACCCCCGUCAGUCUGUCCUGAAAAACGUUCUCACCCUGAAAGAGAGCAACCGCCAACUGGAGGACACAAUAAUGAAACUGGAGGCUAGACUACAGAAGCAUGGCAUCAGCCCCCCCACCCCAGACCCCCAGGCCCCCCCUAAAGACCAACGCACCCUCCUUAACCACACACGGCCCCACUCCCUCAUCCUGGCAGCCCCCCUCAGCCUUAAGGAGGCGCAGCAUCAGGAGGAGGUGGGAGAGGAGGCAAAAAAAUGCUGCAGUGACACAGAGCGGACAGUAGAGGGAAGCAGUGGCUCAGAGCGCAAGGAGAGCUACGGAGACCUGCAGGGGACAUACGGGGCUAAGGUGGAGCCCGCUGUGGUCAGCCUGGAGUUUGGAGUGGCCCGCAUGACAUGCUGAGGCAUUGUGGGAUACAGGAGGAGGAGGGGAGAUUGGACUGGAAUGGGGGGGGGAUACUGAGCGAUGCGGUGACUGAAGGACGGGUGUGUGUUGUGUUCAGCCAUAUUCCUAUGAGGGUGUACUGUAUGCCUGUAAUGUACGUCUCUGUGGAAAGAGACACUAUGGCAUUUACCCUACUUAGAAAGGCUGUUUUAUGAAUGUUGAAAAGCUCUAAAGAGAAUAAAUGAGAAGAUGAAACCGUU